UUCCCAACGGACCCCUCCGAGUGAGAAUUAGUGAAACAAAAGUCACCCAAUUCCAUUUUGGCUUCCCCUUCCUUGGAGUUUACUUUCUAACGUAUUCUUCACUCUCUUCUCUCUCUCUCUCUCUCAUUUCUUCCCUUGCUUUCCUUCUGAAUCAAAAAGAGAAAGAAAAAACUUGUUUUCCUCACUCAUCACACUCUAUAUUCUAUCUGAUUCUUUUUGUCUCUUUUCUUUUUCGCUUUUAAUCAAAGGAGCUGACUUUUUGGGGUAUUGGGAGUGUAGCUGAUCAAAGUCUGCAGCCUCUAAAAUGCAUCAUUCUGAUCAAAUAAAGCAAGAUCAAAGGACAACUUGCAACGUGGAGGAUUCCACAAUGACCAUUGAAUUCCUUCGAGCACGUUUACUGUCUGAACGAUCUGUCUCAAAAAGUGCAAGGCAGAGAGCUGAUGAACUGGCGAAAAGGGUUGCUGAACUGGAAGAACAGCUAAAAAUUGUGUCCAUCCAAAGGAGGAGGGCUGAAAUGGCCACAGCAGAUGUUCUUGCUAUUUUGGUGAAUAAUGGGGUAAGUGAUAUAUCUGAGGAACUUGAUUCAAGCUCUGACCAGGACGCACCUGUUGAAUCCAACAUAAAUAAUGGUUCUACUAAAGAAGAGGAGAGCUCUGUCACUUCAAAAUUGAGAAGAAAAGAGUCAGAGGAACUUUCAGGUUCUGAAUUUGAUUGUUCUUCAGCAUCUGGUAGAAGUUUGUCUUGGAAAGGCUGCAAGAGUGCUUCUCAUUCUCCUGAAAGGUAUAAAGAUAAACUUGUGAGAAGGCGCAAUAGUUUUUCAUCUAUGGGUUUUUCAUCCCAAAAGCACCGCCAGGGAAAAUCAUGCCGGCAGAUAAGACAUCGGGAAUCAAGAUCUGUAGCGGAGGAACUUAAAUCAGACAAUAUCAUGGUUGAUCCACAAGUAAAUGGACUUGAAAACACUUCAGAAGUUAAUGCGAAUCACUCCACAGGUGGGCCUGAUAUUUUGCCAAUGGGUUCUGAAAUUCAUGAGAAUAAAAGUACAGUGGACAAUCUACGUUCAGAUGCCUUAAAGAACGAAAGAAAUGUAACUGGUUUUGAUCUUGAUUUUCAUGGGUAUGAAGGAGAGAAAGACAUGGAAAAGGCACUAGAACAUCAAGCACAACUCAUUGUCCGCUAUGAAGCAAUGGAAAAGGCCCAAAGAGAAUGGGAGGAGAAGUUCAGAGAAAAAAACAGUAGUUCACCUGAUUCAUGUGGUCCUGGGAACCACUCAGAUGUAACUGAGGAAAGAGACGAGAUCAAGGCACAAGCUCAAUAUGUAUCUGGGACAGCUACCUCACAAGUCCAAGGGGCUGAGGAAGAACACAUUAGCUUCUCUGCAGAAUUACCCAAAAUUCACUCCAAUGAUCUUGUACCACCUUCACAGGCUGAUAUGGAUCACUUACAGGAUUGGAGGUAUAGCCGUUCCCUUUCUCCUGAAUCUCUAAAUCCCAACUCCCUGGGUCAAAAGUUCACACAUCUCAUGUCAAAGGAAAAUCAUUAUCAGAGUAUGCAGAGCAACAAUUCUCCUUCAAAUAGCACCAAUCACUUUGCCCACCCACAUUGUUCCCCUGGGAACGAAGCAGUGCAACACUUUUCAUCUGAUUUGGGCAGUCAUUCGUGUAGUGAACUUCCACAAAACAAAAAUGAGCUGUAUGCAUUGGUGCCACAUGAAACAUCUAGCAGGUUUACUGGUGUACUGGAUUCACUUAAACAAGCUAGGUUGUCAUUACAACAGAAAAUCAGUACAUUGUCACUGGUAGAAGGUGCAUCUGUGGGAAAAGCAAUUGAACCCUCUGGUUCUGGAAGAAAAGUUGGGGAGAGGGUAGAGAUUCCCCUUGGAUGCUCUGGACUCUUCAGGGUACCAACUGACAUUUCAGUAGAGGCCCCGAAAGCGAACUUUCUGGGUUCAAGUUCGCAAUUGAGUUUGGCGAACUACUACCCUGAUAGAGGAGUUGCACCAACUGCUGGCAGCCAUCUUCCCACUGCCUCUUAUAUGAACACUCAAUUGAGUAGUUCUAGUAAUUAUCAGCUAGUUUCUAGUGAUCGCUUUUUCAGUAGCCCUUACAUGGAUCCUAGAACAAGUUUUUCUCCAUUCCCAACUGCAUUUGCUUCAUCUGGGUAUAUCAAGGAUGAUCAAAUUCUCACUGGUCAAUUUGUGGAGACAGGGUCGAGAUUAUCCACUCAGAAACCGAGUGUUGAUCCUUACUUGGAACCAGUCCUACCCUCAUCCAGUCUACAGAAUUAUCCCACGUUUCCCUCAUAUCCUGACCUAGUGCCACAGAUACACGCUAAAGAAGGAUUUCCAUCCUUCCAUACAACCAGAUCAGUUGGGGUAACUCCUGAUCGGUUUUCAUUUUAUGACAACCAUUUUAGACCAGAUAUCCACAGAUUGUAGCACAGCCAUUAAGACUGUUGUAACUUAUUUACAUUUCAUCUUAUUCAAGAAAGGUACUUGCUUCAUAUAUUAAGAUGCCAGUCUUGUGGUCAUAUCGUUUAUAAGGCCAUUUCUGUAACAGUAUCUCUUUCUAUUUUCUGUAGGAGUUAAAGAUAGAGUAUGUAAAAAGAUGCAACUGAAUUUGUAUACGUAUUUUUCUCAUUA